UAUUUAAUUAAUUUUUUUACUACCAAAAAUAUCCCCACCCUUCUCUCUUCUUCUUCUUUCUUCAUCCUUUCUUCCAUAUUUUUUCUCUCUCCUCUGCUCAUACUACUGCACUGCUCAGGUCGAUUUUGGUCGGGUGCUUACUCCAUUAAACCUUCUUCUUGCUUCCUUAAUAAAUAAAUAAAAACCCAAAAAAAUUAAGAAAAAACCCAGAAACAAAAAAAACAAAAGUGGGAGUUUUUUUUUCUAUGUUUGAUGGGGUUUCAGUUUCAUCAUGUUUUGAAACUCGUGCUUUCAUUUUAUUGAGCUAGCUAAAAAGAAAACUGCUAUUUUUGGUUAAAAAAAGAGAGAGUAGAAGCUGGGUUUACUACUUUGAUGAAGUGGGUUAUCUAGUAAAGUGAUGGUUUAAGGAGUGAUUUUGAGGUGGGUUUUGAUUAAUUUGAUGUGGGUUUGUUUUAGUUUACUGAAAUGUGGGGGUUUUGACCCUAUUUUAGGAGAUUUAUGUAGUUCUAGGGUAGUAAAUUUGAAGUAUACUAAUGAAGGAAUGGAAUGUGGUUGCAAUUAGAAGGAAAAGGGUUUUUAUGGGAAGUAAGGGUUUUCAAUUAUUGGGUAUGUUGAAGUGGGAGAUUAUUAAGUUAUUGCAUAUUAGUAAGGAUUGUUUGAGUUAGCCUUUUACCCAGAUUAGUUUUAAGUGGGAUAUGAAGCUUUCAACUUCAGGUUUGGGUCAGCAAGGUAAUGAAGGGGGUGAGAAGAAGUGUUUGAAUUCUGAACUAUGGCAUGCUUGUGCUGGCCCUCUUGUGUGCCUACCGACUGCCGGCAGCCGUGUCGUCUACUUCCCUCAGGGUCAUAGUGAGCAGGUUGCUGCCACUACCAAUAGAGAUGUUGAUGGGCAGAUACCGAAUUACCCCAGCUUGCCAGCACAGUUGAUCUGCCAACUUCACAAUGUCACGAUGCAUGCUGACGUUGAGACAGACGAAGUCUAUGCCCAAAUGACUUUGCAGCCGCUGAGUCCGCAAGAACAAAAGGACAUUUAUCUACCUGCAGAUUUUGGGAUCCCUAGCAGGCAGCCCACCAAUUACUUCUGCAAAACAUUGACAGCCAGUGACACAAGUACUCAUGGAGGGUUUUCUGUACCUCGUCGUGCAGCUGAGAAAGUUUUUCCUCCACUGGACUAUUCUCAGCAGCCACCUGCUCAAGAGCUGGUUGCUAGGGAUCUGCAUGAUGUCGAGUGGAAGUUUAGACAUAUUUUUCGAGGACAGCCCAAAAGGCACCUAUUGACUACAGGGUGGAGUGUCUUUGUCAGUGCUAAAAGGCUUGUUGCCGGAGAUUCUGUUCUGUUUAUAUGGAAUGAGAAGAACCAACUGCUUCUGGGAAUUCGCCGGGCCACUCGACCUCAAACUGUGAUGCCUUCAUCUGUUUUAUCAAGUGACAGUAUGCAUAUAGGACUUCUAGCAGCUGCAGCUCAUGCUGCUAAUACUAAUAGUUGUUUUACCGUCUUCUUUAACCCAAGGGCAAGCCCAUCUGAGUUUAUCAUACCUUUGUCGAAAUAUGUUAAAGCUGUGUAUCACACACGUGUUUCUGUUGGGAUGCGAUUUCGUAUGCUGUUUGAGACCGAAGAAUCAAGUGUUCGGAGGUACAUGGGUACAAUCACUGGAAUUAGCGACUUGGAUUCUGUUCGUUGGCCAAAUUCUCAUUGGAGAUCCGUGAAGGUUGGUUGGGAUGAAUCAACUGCUGGUGAGAGGCAACCACGAGUGUCAUUAUGGGAAAUUGAGCCUUUGACGACCUUCCCCAUGUAUCCGUCUCUUUUUCCCCUGAGGCUCAAAAGACCGUGGCAUGCUGGUACUUCAUCAUUGUCAGAUAAUAUAGAUGAUGCUGCGAACAGCUUAAUGUGGUUGAGAGGACAGGGUGGAGAACAAGGUCUUAAUUCGAUGAAUUUCCAAUCCCUCGGAAUGUUUCCUUGGAUGCAGACAAGAGCUGACAAUUUGCUUCCACUUGGAAAUCAGAAUCAGCAAUACCAAGCAUUGUUAUCAUCCAAUUUUCAGAAUUUAAGAGGAAGUGAUGUCUUGAAUCCACAGAUGAUGCAGUUUCAACACCCUGUACAAUAUCUCCAACAGUCAACUGGUCAAAUUCCUAUGUUGCAACAGCAGCAGCAGCAGCAGCAGCAACUGUUUCACCCAUCAAUUGCUCAACAGCUCUUGCAAGGGCAGUCUCAAGUUUCAAAGGAUAACCUUCCUCUUCCUCAGCGGAUUCUCCCACAGGAGUACUUCAAACAGAACGAGGGACUAGCAAAUCAGCAGUUAUGUGGUUCUGAAGCAUAUUCACUAUCGAAUAAUGAAAUGCAAAGCAGGCAGCAACAUCAUACUAUGUCAUCGUCACUUGGAAAAGCAGACACUAGCACUGCAAAUGCUGAGCUCCCCUCUCAGUCUCCUGUACAAAACAUGAUGUCUUCCACACGUACUGAAGGAAUUAGUAGUUUGUCUGACAUGUCAAAUGUAAAUCACACGAUGUUAAAUGAACAGACUUCCCAACAUCCCAUGGUAUCAUUGAAUUCAUAUACACCCAUUAAUGCCUUUGGGGAUGCUGUUUCAUUACCACCAUACCCUGGAAAAGAUGCUUCCUUGGAGACUGGAAACUGUAGCUUAGAUGUGCAGAAUCACAAUGUAUUUGGUGCUAAUCUUGAUUCUUCUGGGCUGGUAUUGCCUAUGACAAUGCCUACCACUUAUCGCAAUUCAUCACAUGAUACAGAUCUAUGCUCAAUACCAUCAGGUUUUCAUAACCCAAUGUAUGGUUGUAAUAGCAACUCCCCCGAGUUGCACAGUGAAGGGCAGGGUGACCUGCAGACCCCAACUAGAACAUUUGUCAAGGUGUAUAAAUCUGGAUCAGUUGGGCGUUCGUUAGACAUAUCCCGGUUCAGCAGCUAUCAUGAGCUGCGUGAGGAGCUGGGACAGAUGUUUGGAAUUGAGGGAAAGCUCGAUGACCCUCUGAGAUCAGGCUGGCAGCUUGUAUUUGUCGACAGGGAGAACGAUGUGCUUCUCCUUGGAGAUGAUCCAUGGGAGGCAUUCGUGUACAAUGUCUCCUAUAUUAAAAUACUUUCACCUGAGGAUGUUCAGAAGUUGGGGAAGCACGGGACUGAGACGUACUCAUAGAUCUGCCUAUAAAAAGUUGCAGAUUGAAGUUACAGUAUAGUCCUUUGUUCCACGUCAACCCAUCUUCCACAUAUCAAGCAAGUGAAUAUAAAAUCGUUUAGUAUUUUUCUUACAGCAUGUUCUGAGUACUACUAACUCAGCUUCUGGGAGGCUUUAUGCCUUGAAAUUCUAAACAUUAAAUUACUCCGUACUAGUUUUUGUUCAAAUACACAUUUUGUAGCUCACCUGAAGUUUAUAUUCCGAGGUGUUGCAGGAUUUAUGUAGCUUUUGUGUCAUAAUUCUUAGUCAUUUUGGGUGAGUAAGACUUAGUCAAGUUCUUAAACAAACUGGUCACUGAAAUUGUUGUAACAAAUACUCUGCUAUUAGAAGUUGAGAAAACUAUUGCUAUUAUCUUGCCGGCUUCUCGGCUUUUCUUCA